CCUUUCCUUUAACUUUCUUUCAUCUUUAUACUUACUUAAUAAUAUUACAAAAUGGCAAAGGCAAAACAAGCCCCUCCUCUUCACAAGAUCAUCAUGGUUGGCUCGGGUGGUGUUGGUAAAUCAGCAUUGACCCUCCAAUACAUGUACGGCGAUUUCGUCGAAGAGUACGAUCCCACAAAGGCAGAUUCCUAUCGCAAGAAGGUCGUCUUAGAAGGGCAAGAAUGCCAGGUUGAUAUUUUGGAUACAGCAGGACAAGAAGAAUACGCAGCCAUUCGUGACAAUUAUUAUCGUUCUGGCGAGGGUUUUCUCUGUGUCUUCUCCGUGUGCGAACAGGAGUCGCUUGAGCAUACCCAGGAAUUCAGAGACCAAAUUCUGCGAGUAUUAGACGAUGAUACCGUUCCCUUCAUUUUGGUAGGAAACAAAGUAGAUUUGGCUCAUUUGAGAAAGGUCACUGCCAGUGAAGCAUCUUCCAUGGCCCAAGAAUGGAACUGCCAGUACAUAGAGACUUCUGCCAAGACAAGACAUAAUGUAGAAGAGGUCUACACAGCCCUGAUGCGUCAAAUAAGAGACAGAAAACUCAAGCAGAAUAAUGCGGGAGGUGAUGAAAAAGACUCUUGUUGCAUUAUCCUCUAAAGGAUGAUAUAUUUUGCAAGUUAUCCCGUAAAAUCCCUCUCCCCUUAUCCAUUCACACACACACAUUUAUAUAUACGUGUAUGUGUGUGUUCAGUUGUACCAUUACCUGCCAAUACUGCAUUUAUGUUUGGCUAGCUUUCACUAAUAAAUCUACAGUACUACCUUUAAUUAUCUAAAUA